UUAAGUCACAGUGGCAGUCUUCAGGUGCACCGAAGAACCCACACAGGGGAGAAGCCUUUUGAUUGCUCCGACUGUGGAAAGAGAUUCAGUGAGAGUGCCCAUCUUCAACAGCACCAGAGAACCCACACAGGGGAGAAGCCUUUUGAAUGCUCAGAGUGUGGAAAGAGAUUCCGUACAAGUGGCCAUCUUCAAAAGCACCAGAGAACCCACACAGGGGAGAAGCCUUUUGAAUGCUCAGAGUGUGGAAAGAGAUUCAGUGAGAGGGGAAAUCUUCAGUAUCAUCAGAGAACCCACACAGGGGAGAAGCCUUUUGAAUGCUCAGAUUGUGAAAAGAGAUUUCUGUUGAGCAGCUAUCUGCAAAGGCAUCAGAAAACCCACACAGGGGAGAAGCCUUUUGAAUGCUUGGAGUGUAGAAAGAGAUUCAGGGACAGUGGCAGUCUUCAAAAGCAUCAGAGAACCCACACAGGGGAGAGACCUUUUGAAUGCUCAGAGUGUGGAAAGAAAUUCAGUCAGAGUGGCCAUCUUCAACAGCACCAGAGAACCCACACAGGGGAGAAGCCUUUUGAAUGCUCCGAGUGUGGAAAGGGAUUCCGUUUGAGUGGCUAUCUUCAACAGCACCAGAGAACCUGUCAGUAUCCCUUGCCAUGA